GGUGGUAAAAAGCUUCCUGACCACAUGGUUCUGGGUUUAGUCCCACUGCAUGGCACCUUGGAAACACUUUGGGAAAUGGUUCAGAUAUUGAUUGUUUCUAUAUGGACAUGAACCAAUUUUACAACAAUGGAAUCUAAAUUCAGUGACAGCACUUGUUUGGAAAAAGAAUUUUCUCAGCAAGACAGUUCCAUUGAAUUCUCUGUCGUCCGCUCCAGUAGUUUGCUUGACUUUCUCAAUUAUUCCGAUUGUAUCAGUCGGGCCGAAGGUGAACCAGCAGGAUCAAGCCUUACAGAAACAUCAGCUCCAAUUUCUUCUGAACGUAUUUUCCAACAAUCCAACCUCCGAAAACAAUGGAUUGCUUCCGUUUCAAUUCUGUCGUUCUCUCUCAUAGUUAUCACAAUCACUUUUAUCAUGGUUUUCCUUACACAUGGUGAGGUCAUCACAUAUCUCCACAUGAAUGUGCUCAAUGUACAUUAUCACCCAGCAAUGAAGAAUAAAGCAUCGAAACAAUUCAAAGAAAUAUCAGUGCCAUUCUGUCAUGAGGUAAAUCGCUAUAUAAAAUCAAGUUACCUGUCUGAAAUUCAAAAGGGUUGCACUCUCAAAAAUAUAACAAAAUCUCACAGCUACAUUGGAUUGGGUGUCCUCCUUGCUUUCAAGAACAGCAACAAGUUGUCCAGCCCUGAUCAAAUUCGUGAUAUUAUUAUAUCUAAAUCAAAUUUGCAGCUGGUCAAUCAGAAAAUUUAUAUCAAGAUAGAUCGUUUCUUGAUACCUUACAAAUCGUUAAGGGUGCAUCUUAUCAAAGCAGUAUCUUCUGCAGCCCCUUUCUUUAUUAAAGAGACAGGUAAUCACUUGGACUUUGCCGCACCAAAUGAUGUAGAUGAAAAUACUACUUGGAAUGACCAUUUACAUUUAAGUACCAAUCAAAAUGUUACUGAUCAAACCAGUUCUGUGACAAUGGUCAAUACUGAAAGGAUAACUGAUCCUAACACAAAAACAAAUAUAAGUCAUGAUUCCAUAAAGAGACAAGAAAAUUCACUUAAAGCUGCUGUUACUAUACCCAGCUGGACAAGUUCUACAGGUGUUUGGGGCUAUAGAUUCCUUGCAGCAAUCACAAGCAAUUCCUUUGAUCUUCAACACUCAAAAGAAUUAAGUGAUGUUUUUAAUUUUCUCCACAACAAAACUCUAGUUGAGAAAAGUUCUAUCUUUACAAAUCUGACUAGAAAUAUCAGUGAGGACAUUACUGGCCUAGAUGUCGACAAAGGUCACAGUAAUCAAUCUGAAAUCAAACAAGUGAACUUGUCCAUAACUACAUUGACCCUACAUAGAGAAAAUAACACUAAUCCCAGGACUAAGCAAGAGAACAAUUCGCAUGAAUCAAUCAAUGUAAAAACUGGUAUUAACAUAAAACCUUCUGGUUCUGGUUGGCUGGCCAUUCCUUUUCAGUAUUUAACGAGGGCUUCUUCACAAAACAAACAAAAUUCAUCAAGCAGCAAUCACACGAAUAGUAAGCAUGAAAAACAAAAAUCUCGUAAAGAUCUGCCAGCAGAAGUUGGGAUUAUAAAUUCCAACAAAACUGCAACAGUUCAAAAUUAUAUGGCAAACACUGACAUGAAUAAAGAUAAUCCUUUGCAGGGACCCAAUAAUCUAGUGGGGAUUACAAAUAAUCCAUUUGAUCUUUCUGAAAAGAAUGACAGUAACAUAUUUAAGAGCUCACUUACACCUGUUAAAACUGAUAAGAGUAGCUACAAAGAUUAUAUAGGAAAACAGGGGAAUCUUAAUUCAGAUAUCAAGAAAAUUCCAGUUGUUACCAAUAGUCAAAGAAAUGUAACCGACAUGUUAUCAGAUAUUAUUAUGGAAGACAACAACUCUACAUUGAAGCUUCCAGUUGACACCUUUGAUGAGACAACUAUUAGAACAUCACAACCUGGUUCAGAAUCUGGGAAUAAAGCCAUUGUUUCAGAUUUGUAUCUGCUUUCUUCCUCUGCUAAUGUAACUAGGAAUCAGCUAGAGAUUGAAAAAACAUACAUAGCCAGUGGAUUGAGUCAGGAUCAUCCUAAUGCUAUAAUCUCAAAUUCAGGCUCAACCACUAAUUCUUUUAAAGAUAUACUCUCUUCUCUGGUCACUUCUACUUCCAAUGACAGGCCAAAGGCCCCAGGAAUGGGAAAAGGAAAUUUAACACCAAAUCAUACCCAUAUGAGAAAUAUAGGCCUCAAAUCAACAGAUGAAUCCCAUUUCGUGCAAGAUGUUUCAAUAACUCCUUUGAUCAACAAAUAUUUAAACAAAAGUGAUUACAUUGCUACAACAAGCAGGUCCUCCCCAGACAGGGACCAACAACCUGUUAUUUUACAGAAGGUAACCACAAAAAGAAGCCAACAAGGUUUUAUUGCAUUAAAAGCAUCUACUACAAACAGAAUACCACAAGCUGUUGUUAUAUCAGAGUCAGACAGAAAUAGCGACCAGCAAAGUAUUAUUACAUCACAGAAGCCUACUACAAACUGGAACCAGCAAAUUGUUGGUAUACUCCAGUCAAACAGAGACAGGGCUCAACAAAAUAUUGAUACACCCCAAUCAACUAGAAACAGGGAUCAACAAGGUAUUGAUACAGCACAGAAGCCUACCACAAAUGUGAGCCAGCAAGUUGUUGAUAUAUUCCAGCUCAACAGAGACAGGGGUCAACAAGAUGUAGCUAACACAAAGUCAACUAGAAAUAGGGACCAGCUAAGUGGUGUUACAUUACAUGAAUUCACCACAGUUAAAAGCCAGUUAGUUGCUGUUACACAGAAGUCUAUCACAGACAUGAAUCAGCAAGAUGCUUCUCUACAAAUGUAUACUGUCACAGUGACAAGUCCUUAUCACAGGACAUUCACAACAGUUGAACCCCCUCUGCCUCAGCAUUCUCAGGGCAUUGUGUCCCCAACAAUACCUAUUACAAAGAGUAACACUGAUACCACUGUUUGGUCCCAGGAUUUGAAUUUAUUGAAAAACACAGUGAAAGCCGAUAAUGAAAAUUUGACCAUCGGAGCUGUCCAUCAAGCUGAUUUCCAGAUUGACAAUAACAUUAAGAAAGAGCAUCCAACCGACUCUGAAGAAGAUACUGGUGUAACUGCUUUUAUGUCUGCAGGAUUUGGUUGGGUAAAGAUUCCUGUCAAUAAAACUUUACCUGACAAUAACAUUGGAAAUGACACUCAUAAUGCAUUUACCAAAAAGGGUUAUAAAAAGCCCACGAAACUCAGUAUUGUCACCGAAUCUAUGAAAGGCUCGCUACUAGCUUCUAUAAUCACAAAUAUCACCAAUAGAUUAACAACUAACCAGAAUGUAGAUGUUACUAAUACUAAACCACUACAUAGUUUUCACCCUACACAAAAUUCUACUGCAACAAGAUUGAAUGUAAUUAAACCCCUAGAUUCUAAUGUUUUAGCUUCAUUUGCUCCUGAGGAAGUGCUUGUAACUAGUAAAAUAACUGAGAAAAAUGUUAUAUAUAUGGUGAAUCAUGAUACAUCCAUAGUAAACCCUCUUGAGAUUAAUGUGAAUACAAAUUAUAAUUCAACAACUAAUACUCCGAAUAUUACAACAGCGUUUACACCUAAUACCACUCGAAGAAAGGUUCAACAUUCUGCCUCAACUGAGAGCUCUCCAAGACCAAUAUCAACAGAAAUAAAGCAUUUACAAAAUGUUCCUACUUUUGAGCAAAACAAAUCUUUGACACACCUGCUAAAUGUAACUUCUGAUCUUCUUCAUGUGUCAAGCUCUAAAUGGUCCCAUAACCUGACUAAAACACAUCCACUACAUAUCUCUGUUCCUCAGUUUAUAAGUAAUACAACCCAAGAUGUGCCCACUACAUCAAACCAAUUUAUAUCCUCACCAAAAUUUAUAUCAGAUCAACAGCAAUUCACCAAUAAUUCUUCCAGUCAUGAGGCAGUGACUGUAUCUUCUCCAAAGCCUCUCACUUCAAUUAAUGGUUUUACCGCACCAAAUCCUCCAUAUAUGGGUUUGGUAUCACCUUCAAACCAAUCUGUUAUGAAAUUAAAAGUGACCCCAGAUCGUAUUUCUGACAAUAUGUUUGCAGUAAAAGCUGCAACUGCAACAGCUUCUAGCUUCACAGCCACAAAGUCUUCAUUACAAAAGAAACAAAAAAACAAGUAA